AAAGCCCCUACGCCCCGCGGCGGGCGCCGGACACCGCCCCGGGCUCUCAUUGGCUGUUGCCAUAGCACCAGCCCGUCUUCCCGCGCAGCCAUUGGCCGCCGCUCCCGCAUCCCGCAUCCUCCCCCGCGCGCUUGGGUGGUCUCGCCCAGCGCCGCCCAGCCCGGCCCGCACCCGGCUUUGUCCGUCCGGGAGCCCUCGGUGCGCGCCGCCCGCACGCCCCGAGCCCCGCAGCCCGCGCCCCGGGGUCGCCCUGGCCCAAGACGGGCGGGCAUCUCGGGCGGGGUUCGCGGAGCCCUGCCCGGGGGAGGAGGACCCAGUCCGGGUGCCCCCGCUGGCCCAACCCUAGGGAGAUCAAUCCCUGCCUAUGUCUGUCACUCCAUCUGCCACCCCGGCUGUCCCUUGGAUCCCCCCCGCCCUGCCAUCUAGCAUUGUCGCGCCAGCAGGACCCGGGCCCUCCCCGCUGCCCCGCUGAGUCCCCAGGCCCUGUCACUGCUGAGGAUGAUGAGUUCCGUGGCCCCGUACGAACAGCUGGUGAGGCAGGUGGAGGCCUUGCAGGCCGAGAACAGUCACCUCAGGCAGGAGCUGGAGGAUAAUUCGAGUCACCUGUCCAAACUGGAGACUGAGACGUCCGGCAUGAAGGAGGUGCUGAGACACUUACAGGGCAAGCUGGAGCAGGAGGCCCGUGUCCUGCUGUCGUCUGGGCAGACGGAGGUGCUGGAGCAGCUGAAAGCUCUACAGAUGGAUAUCACCAGCCUGUACAACCUCAAGUUCCAGCCCCCGGCCCUGGGCCCCGAGCCCGCUGCUCGGACCCCAGAGGAAAGUCCGGUGCACAAUUCUGUACCAUCCAAAGACAGUUUUGGGGAGCUGAGUCGGGCCACCAUCCGGCUGCUGGAGGAAUUGGACCGUGAAAGGUGUUUCCUGCUCAACGAGAUCGAGAAGGAAGAGAAGGAGAAAUUGUGGUAUUACUCACAACUGCAGGGUCUGUCCAAGCGCCUGGACGAGCUCCCGCAUGUGGAGACGCAGUUCUCGAUGCAAAUGGACCUGAUUCGGCAGCAAUUGGAGUUCGAGGCGCAGCACAUCCGGUCGCUCAUGGAAGAACGCUUUGGCACCUCGGAUGAGAUGGUGCAGCGAGCACAGAUCCGAGCUUCACGCCUGGAGCAAAUUGACAAGGAGCUGCUGUCUGCGCAGGAUCGGGUCCAGCAGACGGAGCCGCAGGCUCUACUAGCCGUGAAGCCCAUGCCGGUGGAUGAGGACCCAGAGCCUGAGGUCCCCACGCACCCCGAGGAUGGUGGCCCUCAGCCAGGCAACAGCAAGGUGGAGGUGGUUUUCUGGUUGCUGUCCAUGCUAGCGACGCGGGACCAGGAGGACACAGCCCGCACGCUGCUCGCCAUGUCCAGCUCCCCCGAGAGCUGCGUGGCCAUGCGCCGCUCGGGGUGUUUGCCGCUGUUGCUGCAGAUCCUGCACGGCGCGGAGGCCGGCUCCGGGGGGCGCAACGGGAGCCCCGGGGCGCCGGGCGCUAAGGACGCGCGCAUGCGCGCCAACGCCGCGCUGCACAAUAUCAUCUUCUCGCAGCCGGACCAGGGCCUGGCGCGCAAGGAGAUGCGGGUCCUGCACGUGCUGGAGCAGAUCCGCGCCUACUGCGAGACCUGCUGGGAUUGGCUGCAGGCCCGGGAGGCGGGGCCCGAGGGAGGCGGCGGUGCGGGCGGAGGAGCUCCUGUCCCCAUGGAGCCGCAGAUCUGCCAGGCCACCUGCGCUGUGAUGAAGCUGUCAUUUGACGAAGAGUACCGGCGAGCCAUGAAUGAGCUGGGUGGGCUCCAGGCUGUGGCAGAACUGCUUCAAGUGGACUAUGAGAUGCACAAGAUGACACGGGACCCCCUCAACUUGGCGCUGCGCCGCUAUGCGGGCAUGACCCUCACCAACCUCACCUUUGGAGACGUGGCUAACAAGGCGACCCUUUGUGCACGUCGGGGCUGCAUGGAGGCGAUCGUGGCUCAGCUGGCUUCCGAGAGCGAGGAACUGCACCAGGUGGUGUCCAGCAUCCUGAGGAACCUGUCCUGGAGGGCGGACAUCAACAGCAAAAAGGUGUUGCGGGAAGUGGGCAGCAUGACGGCGCUGAUGGAGUGUGUGCUGCGGGCCACCAAGGAGUCCACCCUAAAGAGCGUACUCAGCGCGCUUUGGAACCUGUCGGCGCACAGCACGGAGAACAAGGCGGCCAUCUGCCAGGUGGACGGCGCGCUGGGCUUCCUGGUGAGCACAUUGAGCUACAAGUGCCAGAGCAACUCGCUGGCCAUCAUCGAGAGCGGCGGUGGCAUCCUGCGUAACGUGUCCAGCCUGGUAGCGACCCGCGAGGACUACAGGCAGAUACUCCGGGAUCACAACUGUCUGCAGACGCUGCUGCAACACCUCACGUCACACAGCCUGACCAUCGUGAGCAAUGCCUGUGGCACACUCUGGAACCUGUCAGCCCGCAGCGCGAGGGACCAGGAGCUGCUGUGGGACCUGGGCGCCGUGGGCAUGCUGCGGAACCUGGUCCACUCCAAGCACAAGAUGAUCGCCAUGGGCAGCGCCGCCGCCCUGCGCAAUCUCCUGGCCCACCGGCCCGCCAAGUACCAGGGGGCCACCACGGCCGUGUCGCCCGGCGCCUGUGCGCCCAGCCUGGCAGUGCGCAAACAGCGGGCUCUGGAAGCCGAGCUGGACGCCCGGCACCUGGCCCAGGCGCUCGACCACCUGGACAAGCAGGGCCGGCCCGAGGCCCAGGCCGAGGUGGUCACCAAGAAGCCCCUGCUGCAGCCGCUGCGCCACCUGGAUGGGCUGGCCCAGGACUACGCCUCGGACUCCGGCUGUUUCGAUGAUGACGAUGCCCCCUCCCUGGCCCACGCGUCAGCUGAGCCGCCCAGCCCGGCUGUGCUGUCCCUGUUCCUGGGCAGCCCCUUUCUGCAGGGCCAGGCGCUGGCCCGCACCCCGCCGCCCCGCCGCAGCGGCCCUGAGCCAGACAAGGACAAAGAGGUGGGCGCCGAGUCAGCAGUGGCCGCCAGGGCCAAGGCAAAGCUCGCGCUGGCCGUGGCGCGGAUCGACCGGCUGGUGGAGGACAUCUCGGCCCUUCACACCUCCUCUGAUGACAGUUUCAGCCUCAGCUCUGGGGAUCCGGGGCAGGAGGCACCGCGGGAGGGCCGUGCCCAGUCCUGCUCCCCAUGCCGGGGCCCUGACGGUGGUGGUCGCAGGGACAGAGCCCACCCGCUGCUCCGGCUCAAGGCGGCUCACGCCAGCCUCUCCAAUGACAGCCUCAAUAGCAGCAGCGCCAGCGACGGCCACUGUCCCCGUGAGCAUGCGCGGCCCUGCCCACUGACCGCGCUGGCCGAACGCCGGGAGGCACCGACACGUGGCCAAGCCCGGCCCAGUCGGCUGGACCUCAAACCCCCGGCUGGCCAGGCUGAGGCAGCCGCCCGGGACCCCUCGGCCGCCGAUGCCCAAGUCCGAACCAUCAAGCUGUCGCCCACCUACCAGCAUGUCCCGCUGCUGGACGGCGCGUCCAGGGUGGUUGCUGGGGGCCUGAACUCCAGUGGGGCCCGGAAGCACGCCUGGCUGCCGGCAGAGAGCCUGAGCCACGUCCCGGAGAAGCUGGUGGCAGAGACGAGGCCUCUCUCUCUGUCCCGCUGCAGUUCCCUCUCCUCGCUGUCUUCUGCCGGCCGUCCAGGACCCAGCGAAGCUGGGGACGUGGAGGACAGCGAUUCGUCCUUGGAGGGGCUGGAAGAGGCAGGUCCUGGGGAAGCCGAACUGGACGGGACCUGGCAGGGACAGGGGGCUGCCUCCCUCCCCCUGCCAAUCCCCCUGCCCAGACGGGGCCGUGGCCUGGGGCUGGAGGACGCCACCCCUUCCAGCUCCUCGGAGAACUGUGUCCAGGAGACUCCGCUGGUGCUGAGCCGCUGCAGUUCGGUCAGCUCCCUGGGCAGCUUCGAGAGCCGCUCCAUCGCCAGCUCCAUCCCCAGCGACCCGUGCAGCGGGCUGGGCAGUGGCACGGUCAGCCCCAGCGAACUGCCCGACAGCCCCGGGCAGACCAUGCCGCCCAGCCGCAGCAAGACGCCGCCGCUGGCCCCGGCCGCGCCGGCCGCCGCCGAGCGCGAGACCACCCAGUUCAGCCUGCAGUGGGAGAGUUACGUGAAACGCUUCCUGGACAUCGCCGACUGCCGGGAGCGCUGCCGGCUGCCCUCCGAGCUGGACGCGGGCAGCGUGCGCUUCACCGUGGAGAAGCCCGAUGAGAAUUUCUCGUGCGCGUCCAGCCUCAGCGCGCUGGCCCUGCACGAGCAUUACGUGCAGAAGGACGUGGAGCUGCGCCUGCUGCCCCCGGCCUGCCCCGAACGUGGCGUUGGCGUUGGCGGCGGCGGGGGCGGCGGGGGAGGAGGCGGCGGUGGGACCCCGGCGCCGCACUUCGCUGGGCACCGCCGGCGGGAGGAGACGCGGAGUCGCCGCGAGGGACACCCGGCCGCCGCCACCGACCAGGAGCUGGAGCUGCUGCGGGAGUGUCUGGGCGCCGCCGUGCCCGCCCGGCUCCGCAAGGUGGCAUCGGCGCUGGUGCCCGGCCGCCGCGCGCUGCCGGUGCCCGUCUACAUGCUGGUCCCCGCGCCGGCCCGGGAGGACGACUCGGGCAGCGACUCGGCCGAGGGGACCCCCGUCAACUUCUCCAGCGCUGCCUCGCUGAGCGACGAGACGCUGCAAGGGCCCCCCCGGGACGCGCCCAGCCGGCGGGCGGACCGCAAGAAACCCGCCGGCCGCGCCGCCGCCCCGUCCAGGCCGACCUCCGGGCAGCCCCGGCACAAGGCCGGGGACGGGGACGGCGCGGGGGGCCGGAGAGCGGAGCCGUCUGCCCCACGGGGGCCGGGCCGAAGCCGGGCUGGGCUGGAACUGCCGGUGUCCCGGCCCGCGAGCGCCUCUGCCGAGCGCGACGGCGCCCGCGGUGAGCGGCCCAGGGGGGACGGGGGGCUGCAGUCCCUGUGCCUGACGACGCCCACCGAGGAAGCCGUGUACUGCUUCUACGACGACUCGGACGAGGAACCAUCGCCCGCGGCGCCACCUCCGCGUCGGGCAUCCGCGAUUCCCCGGGCAGUGAAGAGGGAGCGCUCGACCCCCAAGAAGGACGCGCCCGCCUCGGCCGCCCCCAAAGCCGCGGCCACCACGGCCCCGGUGCGUGCCCAGCCCAGCCUCAUAGCGGACGAGACCCCGCCCUGCUACUCCCUCAGCUCCUCCGCGAGCUCCUUGAGCGAGCCGGAGCCCCCAGGCCGGCCUGGAACCCGCCAGGCCACGGGCCCCCGGGACGCGGGUCCCGGGGACGGACGCGACGACGAGUCCCCCAGCCCGCGGGCCGAGGCCGAGCUGCUGCGGCGCUGCAUCGGCUCCGCCCUGCCCCGGCGCCGGGCCCCGGGGUCCGGCCCGCGCCGUCGGAAACCCCGGGCGGCGGCGGGGGCGGCGCGGCCCGAGCAGCAGCGGCGCGCUGAGGCGGCCCGGGACCGGGACGCGGGCGACGAAGCUGCGGGCUCGGACCGCGCGUCCGACCUGGACAGCGUGGACUGGCGCGCCAUCCAGGAGGGGGCCAACUCCAUCGUCACCUGGUUGCACCAGGCGGCGGCGGCGGCCACCGCGGGCGAUGCCUCGUCCGAGUCGGACUCCAUCCUGUCCUUCGUGUCCGGCCUCUCGGUGGGUUCCACGCUGCAGCCCUCGCCGCAGAGAAAGGGGCGCCGCCCGCGGGCGGAGGGUCGGGCCAGCGCAGCCCCCCCGAGGCCGGACAAACGGGACACGCCGGCUGCCCCGCGCGCCGCUGCCUCCCCGCGCUCGUCCGGCGGCGCCGAGAAGCCGCGGGGCGCUCCGAAAAACGCGUGCGCCGUGCCGGCUGUCCUUCGGGGCAGGACGGUCAUCUACGUGCCUACGACGGCCUCUCGGCCGCAGACCAAGGGGGCGCCGAGCGCCCGACCCACCCAGAAGAAGGGGCCCACGAGCCCAGGGCAGACAACCGCCCCCGCCAAGACCCCCGGGCCCGGCCAGCAACGGUCACGGAGCCUGCACCGGCCCGGCAAGAUCUCGGAGCUGGCGGCCCUGAGCCCCCCGCAGAGAAGCGCCACGCCCCCCGCCCGCCUGGCCAAGACGCCGUCCUCCAGCUCCUCCCAGACCUCCCCCGCCUCGCAGCCCCUGCCCCGGAAGUCGCCCCCCGCAGUCCCGGCUGCGGGACCCCUGCCCGGCCCCGCGGCGGCCCCGCUGCCCAAGACACCGGCGCGGGCGCUCGUGUCCAAACAGCAUAAGACUCAGAAAUCGCCGGUGCGGAUCCCCUUCAUGCAGAGGCCCGCCCGGCAGGGACCCUCCGCUCUGGCCAGGGCCACCCCGGAGCCGGGUCCCCGGGGCCGCGCGGGGCCCGAAGGCAGCCCCGGCACGCGAGGGGGUCGCCUGGGACUGGUGCGCGUCGCCUCGGCCCGCUCGAGCGGCAGCGAGUCCUCGGACCGCUCGGGCUUCCGACGGCAACUGACGUUCAUCAAGGAGUCGCCGGCCCUGCUGCGCCGCCGCCGUUCGGACCUGGCCGCGCCCGCCGCCCCGGCGCCCGCCGCCGCCCCGCAGGGCGGCUCCCCGCGCCGCGGCCGGCCCGCGCUGCCCGCCGUCUUCCUCUGCUCCUCGCGCUGCGACGAGCUGCGGGCGCCCCCGCGGCCCGCGCCCGGCGCGCAGCGCGUCCCCGCCGCCGGCCGCCCGGGCCCCGGCGAGCGGCAGCCCCGACGCACCAGCUCCGAGAGCCCCUCGCGGCUGCCGCUGCGCGCGCCGGGGCCCGAGACGGUGAAGCGCUACGCGUCGCUCCCGCACAUCAGCGUGGCCCGCGCGCCCGACGGCGCCGCGCCCCGGGCCGCCGGCGACGCCGUCCGGCGCUGCAGCGACGGCGAGGCGCGCCCGCUGCCCCGGGUGGCGUCGCCCGCCACGACGUGGCGGCGCAUCCGGGACGAGGACGUGCCGCACAUCCUGCGGAGCACGCUGCCCGCCACCGCGCUGCCCCUGCGGGGCGCCUCGCCCGAGGAGGGCCCGGCCGGCUCGCCGCCGCGCAAGACCAGUGACGCCGUGGUCCAGACGGAGGACUUCGCGGCCGCCAAGACCAACUCCAGCACGUCCCCGAGCCUGGAGAGCCGGGGGCCCCCGCAGGCCCUCCCCGGCGGCCCCGCUGCUCUCCUGGGCAGCGACGUGGACGGGCCGUGCCUGGCCAAGGCGCCCCUCGCCGUCCCCUUCCCGCCCGAGGGCCCCGGGGUGCCUGCGGGGGGCUUCCCCGCCAGCCGCCACGGCUCCCCGAGCCGAUCAGCGCGUGUCCCCCCGUUCAACUACGUGCCCAGCCCCAUGGCCGCGGCGGCCGCGGACCUCGGCGUCGAGAAGGCCCCCGCCCCCGCCCGCCUGCUGGAGUAGCCGUCGGGCUGGCCUUGCCCACCUGCUCUCAGCUCGGGGUCGCCCCCCGCAACACCGUGCCCCAGG